CUUAGCUGAAGAUUAAUCUGUAAUCUUAAUCUCCGGUUUACUCCAUCCUUUCUUGGUCUUCACAAUAAUAAUUUAAUUCUUGCUGGCUGGUGUCCGGCUAGGAAAAAUUUUCUUUUGACUGUGAAGCAGGAUAGCGGAGAAAUAAGUUUACUUAUAUCCGGGAUAGAUGGAGUUUUCUCUCCGGGUCUCAUUCUACAUCAGGAUCAGGUUCCACACUUGGUCCUGUGAAGAUGUGUUCAUCUCUGGUUAUCUCAGAUUCUCCUGAUCAGGUUCCACACCUGGUCCUGUGAAGAUGUGUUCAUCUCUGGGUAUCUCAGAUUCUCCUGAUCAGGUUCCACACCUGGUCCUGUGAAGAUGUGUUCACUGUUCAUCUCUGGAUAUCUCAGAUUCUCCUGAAUAAUGAUGAAUUAAGCGAAGCACAUCUAUUGUUAUAAAUCUUUUUACUUCUUUUUUUUACAUAGAUACUUGAUGCAUAAUUCUGUGAUAUUAACUUGCAUUAUAAUAUAAAUUACUGACAAAAAAUAUAUUAUUGUUGUUAUUUUGUUUCAGACAAAUGAAAAAUAUGGAAUUUUAAGACAUUAAUCAAUCAGAAACAAAAAUGUCUGGUUUCCGAAGAGAUAUAGAAGAUGGUUUCUAUGUUCCGCGCUCUGCUAGUCAAGAAAUAGAAUGGAAUGAAUCCAGCGACGGAUCUGAUGAGGAUGAAGCAAUUAUAAUACGACGGUUGAACACACCUUUACGAAAACAAGCUUUUAAAAAGAAUUCAUCUGUUCAGGGGAGAAAUGUUCUUUCUAGUGGACGCAGAUCCACCAAGGUGGACCUUAAUCCUAGGUCAUUGAAAUAUUCAGAAUCCAACCCAAGUUCCUCCUACGGGUUCAAAAAAGAUGCACUCCCGAACCAUGAAAAAUCAUUAUCCAUUAAACCUCUUCUCUGUGGUGAACCCAUACAAAAUAUUGAAACAGAACUUGAACUUAUUAAUGAAUCCAAUGCUUCCAACUCUCCCCCAUCCCCCAUCAUCACCAAAUCCAUCAAGAAAUUGUCUUCAUCGAAGCAUUGUCUGAACAGGCCAUUUUCAAAUAUUCCGUCCUCUCCUAUUCUCUCCCGUCUGUCUACUGAAACCCCGGCACCGAGUUUCAAACUAGAUGAUCCUGUUACAUCUCCAAUACUAAGAUCAUGUCGAAGAUCUAGAAAUCCUGUUGGUAAGAGAAAACUGUUCCAGUACACAAGUUCCAUCGACUCUAGUUCUGAUUCGGAAACCAUAAACCGGUCGGAUAAGAGAAGGUUCAACACCCCGGAAAAGAAUGUGAUCGCAAUAAUCCCGACUUCUCCAUCCCCCCCGGCCUCUCAGAAAAUUGAAACAGACGAGGAGUUUGAUACUCCAUGCUUAACGGAGAAGAACAAGACUCCUAAUAUUUACAGAUCUUUGUUAGAUGACGAGGAAUCAAAUUUAGGGACUCCGUCAGGUUCUAUUUACAGUGUCGAGUCAGGUGUAUCUCCAAUGUUGUGUACCCUAUCUCCGAUAUCAGAAUGCAUUGGACGGUUUUCUGGUCAACCUCUUACUCCAGUAGAGCGUGACCUACUGGAGGAGAUCAAGAAAUCCAACAAGAAGAGGAAACCUGUGAAGCAAGGUCUAGCUAUACAACUUGAGAAAACGAUUAAGAUGCGCCGAUCAAUGAGAGUAAUUCAAGAACAUGAGAUGAACCUGCUCAACCUUAAAAACACUAAAUAUAUGGAACUUAACGUCUCAAGGGUUGAAGUAAUCGGAACAGUUGUCUCCGUUCAAGGAGUUCAAGACUCAGGAACCUUGUACAGAUUCUAUAUUCAUCUUGAGUUCUGCAAUAAACCUGUAGCACCUGGAUACAGGAUCAGAAUACUCAAACCCUUCACAGAGCUUAAAGUUGAGGAUCAGAAUAUCUUAGUUGGCGUCAACGAGUGGGAGAAUAUUACUACCGGAGAACUAGAGAAGUCUGAUAAACCACUCACAGAACCUAGCGAUCCAUCAAAUACAGAUCUGACGGAGAAAAUUAGAAAACCUUUGUUUCACGACCUACGGUGUGAGUGCCAAAAAAUAGAGGGUGAUGAACAUUUUUGUGAUAGUUCUGAAGAAUAUGAAAAUCUGGUGAGCUUUGAGAAAUUGAGUGUCCAGUCUUUAAAUCGGAGAUUCAGCAGUGAAAUAACGAUCGAACCUCAAAGGAAAGGAAAAGAAAGGACGGUAAAUUCUGUGCUGGAGCUUGUGGAUAGAUUUGGAGUAUCUAGCUCUUCUCCUCAGGCAGGAAGUUUAAAUACUCGGUUCCCAAUCCUGGUUCUCCGGAUCCUGCAACCCGUCCUACGGAUGAGAACUGUUGGGAACCCUCUCUAUGAUGAGACCUGGUUGGAGACGGAGACAGGGUUCCUGGCCGAGGAUAAUCGGGGGAACUUCCUUCUUGUUAAACUUGACUCUGAUGUCAAGGAUGCACCUAGGGAAUGGUUGCCUAUGUUGGAUGGCGACUGGGCAGGUUUAAUUGGAUCCACUGUAAAAAUAUCAGGACUGUUUCCUCAUACUAGAACUGUCAGGAAUAAAUGUUCCCGAUUGUAUCAACUUGUCUCAGGUAUCAGGAAACCCAAGCAGAGGUUUUACUACACCCUCAAGGUGUAUCCUUGUUCCAGGAUGAAGAUUCUGGAUAAAUCUCUCCAGGCUCCAGUUCUCCUCCGUCCAGGUCAGCUGAAGACAGAACCUUGUGAUAAAGGGAGAAGAUUAAACCUGGAAUGUGUUCUAGUGUUUAAAGACAAGAUCAACAUGAAGAUUUACGUUCAUAAUGUUUUCUGUCCAGAUAUACAGGCUUAUCCUCUCCAUUCAAUUAAAUAUACUCAGGAAACUUUUCUUCCGCGUUCUGGAUCUGGUAUGAUCCAUUUGUACGGAGUCUGGUUUGAGAAGGGAGAACUAUUCCUGGAUCAUUACUCUGGGUAUGUGCAGAUACAGAGUGAGGAAAGGUUUCCAUACAAGGAUAUUCUCCGUCCUACAGACCAAGCCUAUACUGAAGGGGAUCUUGUUAGGGUUGUUGGACAGGUUUCCGGUGUGAAUGAAGGUGAAAGUGUAGAAUGGGUCUCCUGCGAGGAGUGCGAAGGAGAAGAGAUCCACCCUCAGGAGAUGGAGUGCAUCAAGUGUCAUUCUUCAAAUCUUAGGAGUAAUCUGAACCUGGUGGUUCAGGUUGCAGGAGUUUGGAUCACACUGCAAGAGAAUACAGCCAGGAGGGUUCUAGGUAGAGAUAAAACUAGUCAGGAGCAGGACGGAGAGAAGUUGAACCCGGAGACUGAGGAAGAAGAGAUGAGAGCUCAGGAUAUAUUUGGAAGAGAGUUGGAUAUCGUCUGUCUCUAUAGCAAUGAUACUCUCAAAGAAAUAUUAAGUUAAUGAGGAGUUCGCCUUUACAUGACCAAAAUGUAAAAUAACUUAUUUUUAGAUCUCAUAAAAUAUAUCUGUGAUAUUUCAGUUUAAAAUAGAAUUUCUACAUUUUCAGAAUAAUGUACAUUUUCUAGUUCUCAGCAGCGAGUAUAGAUUAGAUGGAUUGGGUAUCUCAGAGAUUUAAGAAACAAUUGCAGAGGUUUAGAAACAAAUCAUUCUUUUAUUCAAUCAAGGGCACCCGGUGUCUUGUGAGAGGUAGAGAGUGGUCACCUGUAGCUGGAGGCAGUGUACCCUGUAUACAGGAGUAGUUCCAGUUCUUCACUCUACUCCACACACAACAAACCAUUCUUAAGUUUAAAUAUUCAGAUCUUCAGCGGGCGAGGGGAGAAAACCUAAACAUUAUCAGACGAGUGAGCUGCAAGAACAA